AUGAGUAAAACUCACAAUGUAGGGAGCAGUAAAGAUAGUCCUUUUGAUCCAAUCGAUUGGGAGAAUAUGGUUAACCAUCCUGCAUUCGUAUCAGAAAUUGACCUCAAUUCAGAUCUGCAUCCAGCUACUGAGGCUCUUCAAGCGUUGAAGUUUGAAUCUGAAGACCCAGACGCUAAUGCUCUUAGUUACAAAGAUGAAGGGAAUUAUUAUUAUAAAAGAAAAGAGUUUGUGAAAGCAAUAAAAUCUUAUACAGCUGGUUUGCUUGCUAAAUCUUCAGAUUGUAAAUUAAAUGCCAUGUUAUAUACGAACAGGGCAUUGUGUCAUUUCUGUAUUCAAAACUACCGAUCGUGUAUUAGAGAUUGUAAUUCUGCCAUCAAAUUUUCACCCGAUCACCUAAAAGCUUAUGUAAAAGGUAUUGAAGCAUGCUUGGCGCUAUCAAGGAUUGAUGAAGCCCUACAACUGGCAUCAGCUGGAUUAAAUAUCCUUCCUUCUUCUUCCAUACUACUAGAAGCACAGUGUAAAAUCCUUAGAAAGCAAAUGGAGUUGGAUAAAGAAACUGAAAAGAAAUCAAAAGGUGAUUGCAAAGAGAAAAAUGAGGAGAACGCUGCACAUGAUAUUGUCAAGUCCCGUGGAAUUAAUGUAAAUCACAAAUUGGAGCCUAUUGACUUUCCAGAAACCUCUUGCUCGAAAUUCCAUGUGGAUUCAUUGGGAAAAUUCCAUUGGCCUGUUCUCUUUAUGUAUCCUGAAUUUGGUCAAACCGAUUUUCUUCGUGAUGUAAUAGAGACAAGCAAGAUUGUGGAUUGUUUGAAGUUAGUUUUCGGUGGAAAUCAGCCUCCUCCACCUUGGGAUCCGAAAGGCCUUUAUACAGUUGAAGACAAUGCAUUAGAGGUUUAUUUCGAACAUGAGAAAAUGAAGAAAUUCGCUAUAUGUUCACCAGAAUGGACAAUUAAAAAAUUAACCGGACGAGAUGGAUUUAGUGUCCGUCGUGAUCUACUGAUUGUUUUACACGUGGUGUCAAAAAGAUCAGAACAUUUCUAUAAUCAGUGGAAAGAUGAACUAACUUGA